AUGUUUCCGAAGUUUUUAUUUCCACCAUUGGUUUUCCAGACCAAGAAGCGGAAUGCAGAAGCUUCGCCUUCCAACCUACAAUCUAUACUACCGAUCGAUGAACCCUCCAAGAAUAAAUACGUCCAAGGCCAUAUAUCUUGUAUCCGAUGCUCAACUUGUGCCUCUCAUCUUUGUUUGACCACCCAGAUUAUCAGCAAAGGGUUCACUGGCCGCCACGGCCGGGCUUAUUUGGUCUCCGCGGAACCUACUGUCAAUGCACCAUCUUAUCCCGGAGAGUCGCUUCCAAAUACGUUACUUCAGAAUCCCGUAUCCCGGCAUCUAGUCACAGGUGCCCAUACGGUAAGCGACAUUGAUUGUGCUUUUUGCGGGAAUUUGCUUGGGUGGAAAUAUGUUAGUGCGGAGGAGGAGUCCCAGCGGUACAAAGUUGGGAAGUUUAUAUUGGAGACCAAAAAGAUUAUGACGACCCCCGAAUGGGAUCCAGCAUUCGGUGCCGGCUUGGUGGAAUCUACCGACUCCGUCAAACCCACAGUGUCGCGUUCGACAUCGAUUUAUGAUGGCGUCGAAUUUGAUAGCCAGGAUGAAGACGAGUGCGAGGAUCUAUUUAGUGGAUUAUGGAGUCCUGGACUAGCGGUACGCCGGAAAAAUCGCAGGAUCGCUCGACAUUCUUCUACACUAGGAACCGUGGCUUGA